UUGACGGAGGGAGUCGCGCGUGUUCUCUCUCGUCCAUCGCAAAUGCACAAUUCCGUAACGCUGCAGUCCCGCGUUCAGCUGCGAGUGUUUUGACUGGGCUUUGACACGAGAUGGCAGCUGCGAUUCGUCUCAACUUACACCGACGAGCCCGAUUUCCGUUGCGACAGCACGUCGUCGUUGGUGAGACGCGUUCACGCUUUCCACCGACUCCAUAAGGUCAUCGCAGGUCAUUUAGCUGUGGAACAGUCGUAGAAAUGUUGAGCUGUACGGUUGCGUAGUACUAUUUGUCUUUCCACUACUACUCAUGAUGAUUAACAGCAAGUAGCAAUGUUUCGAGCUCACUCGUCACCAAUGUGCAGGAUUCAUUCUAGCAGAACUUGCAUGUCUCCAAUGGAUGUGUUUCCAAUUACACCAUCUUUUGUGUCACAGAGGUCAGAGAACACGGGUGAUAGGUGAAGCGUGGAGUUUUUGGGUCUAAGGACUGUGGCGACGUCAUUGGAAAGCUAUCCAUAUACAGUUGCUAGCAUAGCAGUCGUCGUGUUUAGCGCAGCGCUCGUGCCACCAACUCAGUCGAAGUAUUAUUUCAAGCAGUUCUCACGGGUCCACAUGACAGUCGGUAGGGUGUUUGGUAGUCUGCCCAAAAUGCCCGAAAGCGACCCUUUAAGAGACACCAAUGGAGCAGGAGUGGGUUAGUUUUACAGUCAGGCCCAAAGCGUCACAAAAAUGUGAUUUGGAUGCAAAACCAAGCCCAGUUAUAUCAAACCAGUGCAAUUCGGGCAAUAACAGAGCACAAAUGAGAGAUUUUCUCGAGUCAUUUUUCGUUGCGCUUCUAUUGUGGACAUUACCUGCCGAGUGACGUCACGACGGAGCUGGACGCCAAACAGCGCGACAUGUUUGCAAACAAGCGCCGCGAUCGUCUUCUCCUUCGGCGUCUUCUCCUUCUUCCGUCAAGCGACAUCGCUGCCAUGAGUCGCCCUUCCAGCUGGCCUUCCUUCGGACCGCGUCCGCGGCGGACGGCGACGUCCUGUUGAGAUUCCGGUCCCGGCAUUUUGCGUUCAUGCGAACCAGCGAAAUGAGCCCGCCGAGCGUCCGGCGCUGGACGCCCAAGCACGUGGCCAAGUGGCUGAAGGACGAGGGCUUCUGCGACUACGUGGACCUGCUGUGCCACCGGCACCGGCUGGACGGCACCAGCCUGCUGGCCCUCAGCGAGUACGACCUGCGCUCGCCCCCGCUGGAGCUCAAGGUCCUCGGCGACAUCAAGCGCCUCAUGGCGUCCGUGCGCAAGCUCCAGAAGCAGAACCUGGACGUGCUGGAGGAGCUGGGCCUGCCCUUCGACGGGCACUCGCCCGCCGCCUCGGGCGACCGGCUGUGCAACGGCGAGGCGGCGCGCGACGGCGCCGACACGGCGCCCGUCGGGGAGGAGUACCAGAAGUACGGCGACGGCAAGUACAAGCAGCAGACCCGCCGGCUGGAUCCCGAGUGCUGGAAGACGGUGCUGAGCUCCGUCUACGUGGUCUUCGUGUUUGGAUUCACCUCCUUCGUCAUGGUCAUCGUGCACGAGCGCGUCCCCGACAUGCGCACCUACCCGCCCCUGCCCGACAUCUUCCUGGACAGCGUGCCUCGAAUCCCGUGGGCCUUCGCCAUGGCGGAGGCGUGCGGCGUGAUCCUCUGCGUCAUUUGGCUGCUCGUUCUGCUGCUGCAUAAACAUCGGUCCAUACUCCUGCGCCGCAUGUGCAGCCUCAUGGGUACGGUGUUCAUGCUGCGCUGCAUCACCAUGUUCGUCACCUCCCUGUCCGUGCCGGGUCAGCACCUGCAGUGUUCCGGGAAGAUGUACGGCGACACGUGGGCCAAGCUGCGGCGGGCCGUGGCCAUCUGGAGCGGCUUCGGCAUGACGCUGACGGGCGUUCACACGUGCGGCGACUACAUGUUCAGCGGACACACCGUCGUCCUCACCCUGCUCAACUUCUUCGUCACGGAGUACACGCCUCGCGGCUGGCACUUCAUCCACACGCUGUCGUGGGUGCUCAACCUGUUCGGCAUCUUCUUCAUCCUGGCGGCGCACGAGCACUACUCCAUCGACGUCUUCAUCGCCUUCUACAUCACCACGCGCCUCUUCCUCUACUACCACACGCUGGCCAACACGCGCGCCUACCAGCAGAGCCGGCGGGCGCGCAUCUGGUUCCCCAUGUUCUCCUUCUUCGAGUGCAACGUCAACGGGCCGGUGCCCAACGAGUACUGCUGGCCCUUCUCGCGGCCCUCCGUCCUCAAGUUGAUCGUCGGCUAGAGUGACUUUACGCGGGCGAGCCUUUCGCGUACGGGAUUUGUUGCAUCAAAAGUAAGCCAAAAUUGUCUGUUGUCUUAACUGUGACUCCGUUUGCCAAUGACGUUGCGCUUUGCCGUAGAUUUUAUUAGGCAGAAAUGUCCAAAAAAAAAACCAAAAGAUUAGGGUUGAGGAGCUUUUUCCUUUCAGGGGCCAUUCAACAUUUCACCGGGGGAAAGUACAGCAGUCACUUCAGAUGGGAACGACCUGUCAAGAGUCUUCAUUCGGAUGUUUAUAUUUAUUUUUAUAUAUAUUAAAAAAUAUUUUUGCGCCACGGUGGAUCAGCUGGUAAAACAUUGGCCUCAGAGUUCUGAGGACCCAGGUCUGAUCCCGGCCCCUUCCUGCGUGGAGUUUGCACGUUCUCCCCGUGCCCGAGUGGAUUUUAUCGGGGCAAUCCGGUUUCCUCCCGCGUCCCAAAAAACAUGCAACAAUAAUUGGACACUCGAAAUUGCCCCAAGGUGUGAUUGUCAGAGUGCGACGGUUUGUCUCCAUGUGCCCUGCGAUUGGCUGCCGACCAGUUCAGGGUGUGCCCCGCCUCCUGGCCGUUGACAGCUGGGAUAGGCUCCGGCAUUCCCCCCGACCCUUGUGAGGAUAAGCGGCCCCACAAAUAUUUUUUGCCUUGAGUGCAUACAUUUGAGUCUUUUCGGGUGGCAUUGAACUCAACUCAACUCGCAACAUGCAAUUGUUUGUCAGACAUAAUUCAAGUGGUUUAAUUCCACUUCCAGUGAAAAUGCACUACCAAAUAAAAUUGUAAAAAUUGGAAUAUUUAAGAACAUAAACUUUGCCUUAAAGUCCAUAAUGGGAAACGCCUUGGCCGGGCUAAGGCAACUAGCGAGAAUGUUGAGGCAGUUGUAACUCUUUCAGCAAGGGGUUAUUUGAACACAAUCGGUGGGGCAACACAUUUACACUGACAACAUAGCAAUACAACCAGUUCAGGGUGUACCCCGCCUCCUGCCGUUUGACAGCUGGGAUAGGCUCCAGCACUCCCUGUGACCCUGGUGAGGAUAAGCUGCGAAGAAAAUGGAUGGAUGGAUAUAGCAAUACAGGCUCAUCUUCUUUAUCUGUGUAAAAUGACAGCUGCUUACUGAGUCACAGUAGUAAAAUGUUUUACUGUACAUUUUUUGUCUUUUGGGUCAUUUUGAUGGGCAAAGAUUGAGAUAUGAACGUGAAAAGAAUUUGUCAAGGGACCACGUAUUUGAAUUCUGUUCCACAUUGGAAUGAAUUUACUUUCCCUUCGAAAUUGAACACGUAACCCCGUUAUGACAAGUAUAAUGUAUUUCAAAACAAAUCUCUGCAUUCACUUUCCAGGCUCUUGAAUAUUAAAUGUGGAAGAAGUGAUGUGCUGGAAAUCCUGUCGGGAUGCACUUUGAAAUGUGGAAAAGUAAUUCUCACAAUUUGUGUGUUCAAGUUUUUUUUUUUUUAUUGUUUUUGUACAGUGACGUGGAUCGUAUGUUCUGGUGGAGCCACACGUGGUCCACGUGCCACAGGUUUCAUACUGCCAAUGUAUAGUGUUAAAGCAAGGACGAUGUUUUAUUUAUAGAAGGGAUAUUUCAGAAAUGUAUGUGAACUUGUUCAAUUGUUUGUUUUGUAACUGAGGCAGCGAUGUGCACGUUUCACGUCUGUGAUGGGGAAUUUUUUUUUUUUUUUUGGGGGGGGUGAGUACUAUUUUAAUGUAACUACACUUGUUGGAAAUUGUUCUUUUAAUGUAAUGUAAUAACAAAACAGCAAGCCUCGGCCAUGGUUUCACAUCUGAAGUCGUUUGUGAUAUAAUGGUGGAAAACCGACGUUUUUAAACUGUUGGGUUUGCCUGUCCGUCAAAUGUGAUCUGCCUUUUUUUUUUUUUCAAUUAUUAUUGAUAUUAUUAUUAGCCCCUGCAAAUUUGUACAUAGACAAGCCAUUUUAGUUGAGAGUAUUUUGCUGGCUUGGAGAUGAAAUGCUCCAUCCACCGGGUAAUCAUGCAACGAAAAUUGGCCCACCAUAAAUGCUUUGAUUGCUACGAGAAUAACGAGACUUGAUCCGCCUCUAAAACGUGCCAAAUAUCAUCCAUGUCAAGCUUUGAAAAUGCCAAUCAAUUAUGAUUGUCCUUGAGAUCAUAUUGGGAUGAAGGCAUGCGACAGACGCCGGGAAGACACCAGGGAAAUGUUGUGAAAAAAUGCAUGUCUCCUUUGAACACAGUUUUUUUUUUAUUAUCAAUAAAUAGGCAAUUA